AUGGAAAAUAACCCUAACGCUAACGCUAAUACUAACGCAUGUAGUAAUAAAUCUGGAGAUGAUGAACGAGUAAUACUCAAUGUUGGUGGAAUCAAGAGCAAUUAUGACAGCAGCAUUCAAGCGGAAAUACUUGAAGAAUUAGAUUAUUUCCAAAUUCCCAUUCCAACGGAUCCUCAUCCACCUGCAUCUGCGACAAUCAACAAAUUUAUCUUAACUUUGCAACAAAUUAUCCAUGAAAUGGAAGCUAAUCUUAUCUCACGAGUAGAACUUAAUUUUCCGCGGCCGGACACCUCGAGAUUCAGCCUUAACCCAAAUCUUGAAAUAAUUCAUGAGAUAUUGGCACCGUUUAUCACAGUUACGGGAUAUAAUAUCUUGGAUGCGUUUGGUGAAGAGAUUAUGAAAUAUCUAAUGAAAAAGACGCCCGGUUUUUUUUGUUCUUUGGCAAAUGAAAUUUAUCCGCCGAAAUAUUUAGUUGUUAUGCAGUUGCCGCUAUCCCCUUCGAGAGAAAUUAGGAAUGGCACUUUUCUUGCUGAACUGGAAGAGGACGAGGAAAAUAAUGAGGAGGAUUAG